GCCGAAGAUGCUACAGCCGUGCAGUCUCGAGCAGAUUUAGUGCGGCGCGGAAUGGCUCGCCGGCUUGGCAUCGAGUCGCGCGUCGCACGCCGAGUCGCUCGCUCCUACGCAGAUACAAAACUGCCCCGACCUCCUCCUCUCACCUCCUCUCCUCUUCUCUCCCCCUUCUGCCCUCUUUGCGUCUGCUAGUUUGCCUCGUUGCUGCUCGUUUCUUGCUUUUUGCUUCUUUUCUUUGUUUGUCCUUUGUUCGCCAUCGUCCGGUCCGUUCGCCAUCUCGCCUCAAGCCGCAUCCGAGCUCCGCCGCAUGAAACAAUAGCCAACCAACCAACCAGUUCGCCAUGGCUUCCUCAUCUUCGUCCUCCGCUCAGCCAUCAAAGUCACAGCAGCCGUCGAAGAGCACCCGCACAGAUGGCGUCGAUAUCCUCAAUAGCAUGCUAGUGCUCGUCGCCAGCCCUUCAGUCACAUGCCGUCGCAGCAGACCCGCCGAUGACUCGCGCAGCUGCCCUACCGCCCGCGCUGUCCGCAGCCUGCGCAGAAAACUCGCCCGUCGCUCGUCCAGCAGCGAGUCUGUCACAUCGUCCGCCAACUCAUCCACGUCCUCUCUUUCCUCAUCGUCGUCCUCCACAUUCAGCGGCGACACUCUCGCCGAUUCUUUCGGAAAUCUCACGCUCGACAAGGCUGUGCCUGCGGCUGAGUCUUCCUCGUGUGCCCACCCAUCUACAUCUACUCUCUCUCCCAUAUCUCAUGACAAUACCCACACAAAAUGCAGAAAGUGUACAGACGCCGACUCUGUUCCUGCUCUCUGCAAUCAGCUCAGACAGCUCUGCGUUCGCUCUCGGGCGCAGGCGCUCUGCGCAGACACUGCCUCUUCUUCACACCCUUUGAACGAGAAGCUCGCUGCGAUCUCGCUUAGUAGCGCAACAAAGCCGGAAUUUACUGUCGCGACCUCGUCAGUCUGCAACGACGACGAUGGCGAUGACGACAGCGAUCGCGAGAACGGCGGCGCGCUUGCAGAAUCAAGCCGGGAAGUAGAGGUCUCUUCCAGUCACGAUACCAAAGUUACAGUAUAUGCAGUGGCUGCUGUUGAGGAGCAGACUAUGUCUGAGGUCAAGGACCAGAGACGGCAAAGACAAGAGGAACUCGACGCCAGUAUCGCAGAGUUGUCGAAAUUCCUUGAUGAACCGUCCACUCUCAUCGCUGCUGCUUCUUCGUCCCUUUCAUCCAAGACUGAUGAGAUCGCAACCGAGUCUCAGUUGGCUGCUUUCAAUGACCUGUACUCUACCUACACCACAAUCACUCUUUCCAAGGGUAGCAGCUCCUCGCGGCCUGCCGAAGAAGAGCCGUCAUAUAUUUUCACCACCGCAUAUGCUCAACAAAUUCUUUUGCAGAACGGAUAUACCGGAAUUUUGGAUUCGGCCGACGCGCUUGAGGCCUUCAAUCGUUUGAUGGCCACAGGAAGCCUAGAGACCGAGCCUACUUUUGCAUCCUCCGCGGUCCCGAGAAGCGCUUCGCCAACAAUCUCCUCAAUUCUGGCCGGAAAGCCGGGCGUUGCUCAUGCUCCCGCUCUGUCUGCUCCUGUUCCAAUCAACGCUUCCGGCCCCGGAUCGUCACCGCACUCUUCCUCUCCUUCGUCCUCCUCGCCAUUUGGCCGUCUGCUGGCGCCGCCGUCACCUCCUUUGGAGGAGACACUUAUCGAAGACGAGCUCGAAAGCAUGAGCUCAAUCUUUGACCUCGGAGCUGCGGCCGACUCGCCUUCGACGCUUCGCGAUGCCGAGGAUCCCUUGGUCGAGCGCUUCCGUGCUAUCAGAGGCAUGAACCGCGUUUUUCCAGGGCUCGGAAGCCGAAACUCUUCAGGGCCGUCUUUCGGGUCUGAUGUGCGAGGCAGCAAUCAAGUUGCCUCAAAUUCAGGUAACCCGAUGAGCAUCUCGCGGCUAAUGAGCCAAGAGCCCACACCCACGAGCUCGUCAACGAGCCAGGGCUACCAAAGCUCGACCUCAUCCUCCGGCCCAGACUAUUACAGCGGAAUCGGGGGUAUCGGAUCGUUUCUGGCGGCAGCAGCAGCAGGCUCGAACACCGGUAGCGACCUUGGACAUGGCUACAAUCGACCGGUCUGCGGUGAGCUCUCAAACUACACAUACAGCCGGCGCCGGGCCAGCUCGGUAGCGGGCUCGCGGACGUCGCAGGACGACGAAGAGGAGGAUGGCAAUGUGUCAACCACGUCGUCAAACUACGCAGCCACGACUGCUUCUACGGCGUCGAGCACGGUUUCUGUAAUGUUGCCGGCGCUGAGCCCUCCUCCUUUGGUCAACUUCAGCACACACCCCGUUCAUCGACAGCGUUCGAGUGUGACGCCGGAGAUGCAGCAGAGGAGUCUGGCGCUUUCGUCAGGAUUGACCAGUCCUUCUGGUUCUCUAUCGGUGACGACUCAGGUCUCGAAUACGUCGCCCAAGCCUUCUUACAGCCCCUCGCCGUCUAGCUCUGGCAGCAGCGCGGGUGGUCCGCAGCGAUCGCGGCCGCGUAAGCAGCAAUGUCCCGAGUGCUCGGGGUGGUUUUCAAACCUAGCUGCGCACAGCGCUGUGCAUAUGGCGUACUCGUCUCGACCGUAUUCCUGCUCGAGCUGCGGACGCGGCUUUUCGCGGCCGAACGACUUGCUGCGGCACCAGAAGGCGCACCAAGGUGACUCGCCGUUCGCUUGCCCGUACUACCACAUCGACUCGCGAUGCCACUCGUCGGGAGGGUUUUCGCGAUGCGACACAUACAAGAACCACCUGCGGGCCAUGCACUUUGAAUACCCCGCGGGUAUAAAGAAGAAAGACCGCAACGGAGCGGCUGGCAAGUGCAAGGGGUGCAAUCGCGAUUUCAGGAACGCCGAUGAGUGGAUUGCGACCCACGUCGAGACCGGCGAAUGCCCAGAGCUGAACACGAAGUUAAGCAGCGCGGGCAGCAGCAACAAUGAUGAGAAGAAGAAUUAGGUGACGAUGGUUCAACUGGAGUUUAUUAAUGAUUAACGUGUGUUUUAUAUGGAUGUACAGUGUGUUGUCUUGUUUUUUCUUGUUUUCGUCCUCUGUAAAAUAGACAUAUUCGUCAUUGCCUGGAAAUUAAACGUGUCGAACGGGCUGCGACGCACUUGUCGAGGGGCCGCGUAAGCGUGUUG